AUUUAGCUUUUAGGAGUCGGGGAGACAGAAAGAUAGGAAGGAGUUGGAGGGGAAUCUGAGGUGGGUGGUGAGUGCAUGCUUGUUUGAUGGGACCCCUUGAAACAAUUGCCUUUAUUUAGAUGCUUUGUGUGCUAUAGAUUAGAGUUGUGGGUGGGGCAGUGUCACUGAAGUGGCCCUCGGAUCAUAUCAUAUGCAAUGACAGUAAACGCGAAAAGGACUGAAUCAUCUCGGACGAGCAGUAGUGGCUGUGAGGAGGAUGAGGAAUGCUCCCUUAUCAUUGUAUUUUGAGGUGGUGAAGGAAUUCUCUCUGACAUGCAUAUAUGAGAGCAAGAGAGAAAGAGAGAGAGAGAGAGAGUCAUAUCAGGCGUGCCCAAGCGUGAAGAAUAUGACAGAGUGGAGAGAGAGAGAGAGGCUGAGAGAAGUCAGAGCAGAAAAGCUGGGAAGCGUGCAUCAUCACCAUCAUCAACAGCAGCAGCAUCAAAACCUAGCACCACCUUCCAUGGCUUUAGAUUGCCAACCUAUUGUGAUCUCUUUCUCUUACAAAUUACUCGACGAGAUUUCGAACCCUCCUUGACAACUUGCUUACCUCCUUCAAAGCCUCACAGCGGUCCCGCAUGGGCCCACGACUACUUUCAUCACAUGCCGAGUGGCUGAGCGAGUAAACGGAUGCUCCAUGGACCAUUCCACCCGUUCCGAUAACAAUAUCGGAUCCGGAUUCGACAACGAAACUGACCCGGAUCCGACACAAAUAGUCCGGUCGGCCAUAAACUUUCGAGUCUCUCUUCCGAGAGUGGUUCGGUGAGAGCCAAGCGAGCAAAUAUAAUACAACUCGAAAAGCCACCACCGGUCUAAGCGUGCCCUCGUCUCCCUCCGUGCCCUAAACGCUAACUCACUGCGUUCCGCGGCUUGGAGGCCGUCAGGACGCGCCUCACCUGCGCCUGUUUCGUCGCUCGGCCGUCGUUCUACCUGCCUCGGCCUCAGGCCCUUGACCAUCCGUCGCAGCCGACGGCGAGCCACAACUCUUUCGCCUCCUGUGUUGGUCAUUGGAGGUCGGUCGACGCCUUCCCAAGAAAAAAAGCCCCGUAUAAUUAGCAUUGGAGUGAGCGAAAGCAAAAACAAACGAUAAUUAGUGAAAGAAUAUGAGGAAGUUGAAAUUCCAUGAGAAGAAGCUACUCAAGAAGGUCAACUUCAUCGAGUACAAACGCGAAGGUGGCCACCGUGAAGCCCUUGUCACGCGCCGUUACCAUCUCACCGAGAGAGAUGACUACAAGAAGUAUUCAAGUAUCUGUAGGAUGGUGCAGAAGCUAGUGCAUAACUUGAAGCAAAUGGAUCCCAGAGACCCUUUCCGUAUCGAGAUGACGGAUGGAUUGCUGGAGAAGCUCUAUAAUAUGGGUGUUAUUUCGACAAAAAAGAGCUUAGCAAAGUGCGACAAACUUUCAGUUAGUUCAUUCUGUAGGCGCAGGCUAGCCACAGUUUUGGUAUACCUAAAGUUUGCUGAGCAUCUGAGAGAGGCUGUAACAUACAUUGAGCAAGGCCAUGUCCGGGUAGGCCCAGAUGUGGUAACAGAUCCGGCAUUUCUUGUGACGAGGAACAUGGAAGACUUUGUGACUUGGGUGGACUCUUCUAAGAUCAAGAGGAAAGUGAUGGAGUACAAUGAGAGAUUGGAUGACUACGAUGCGCUGAAUGCCUAAAGUUGCUUUUACAAGUCAAGAAUGCCAGUUUUUUCAAUAUCCAUUGGUGGGGGGCUAUUUCUGACCGCCGAGAAAUUCUUAUCGAUCGCAAUUAGUCAAAUGGACCAAUGCACAUAAUGCUAAAAUUUUGGAAUCAGAUUAUUAGUUGAACCUGUGUAUUAUUUUAUAUAGUCUUGUCUUCUGCUUUUAGUAAUGUUGUAGUAGUAAAUGAGUAAAAACUGUAAUGGGCUACCGGAAGUAUUGCUGAUCCAAUGUCAUGUUUAGGUUGGAUGAAUUAAUAGCUUCAGAAAUAUGUGGAACAAUCA